AUGUGCGGCCACGACAUCUCCGACAAACCACGGGGCGGAGCUCUUGCCGUCCUCAGCCCCACGACUCCUUCGCCAGGACCGAACCGCGACCAUCUCCCGCCAUGCAGAGGAGACCUCGCUUUCCACACCCCGGGGUCACCAUCAAGCAAAAUUGCCACCCAUGCUCGUUGGACACGCACACCAGGUGACGAUGUAUCUUGUGUCGAGGACCUCCUGGUCGUCAUUCACGAAUCCGGAGAUCUGACCCAUAAGCCCGAAGACUGCGGUCUCUUCCGCCAAUUCGCCUUUUCCCGCAAUACGGCUUCCGUGAUUGGGAACGGCCAGGCCUUGGAGAUUCCCCUCGCGCCACCCAUAUCUCUCGAGGUCGGACGUCACGGUAUUAUCGGCCGCCGGGUUUCUCUCUUCCACAACCUGCAUAACCUGACCGACUCCUCUUUUUCUACAACUCGCAUGAGCGUGGCAGCAGAGGGCAUUGUCGGUUUCAACUUUGUACUGCCCGUUUCAUCCUCUCUGUGA